AUUCUAUGGAAACGGGGCGGGAAUCAUGGGAGCUGUUUGCGCUGAAGAGAAUACCGGAAGUGGAGGGAGAUUCGAAAAACAAAGAAAUAAGUGGAAUAAGCAGACGCGAAAUGUGUUUGUCAGAGUUAUGGCAUGAUGCUGAGCUGAGGAGAAACAUGGUGUUUGGAUGUUCUCUGAUGUUUACCAUCAAUGCCAAGAAUGGAGUUGAAGUUGGAGGUGUUGCUGUCAUCCAGCAUCAAGCGCAAAAAGCCAUGGCCCAGAUUCUGCUGGCUGGGGAAGGAGAAAGAGGCUGUUUUUCUAUUAGAUGACAAUCGCCUCAGUGAAAUACAUUUGGUGUCGGGUCGAACUAAAAAGAAGACACCGAAACUUCAGCCGAUGUUACAGAAAGUGGUGACCAUGUCCGCCUCUCCGAACGGUAUGUGGCUUGUGGGUCUUCUGGUCUCUGGAGAACUGUUUCUGUGGAAUAAAGACAAAGACUCCUUAAAGAUGGUCUCUGCUAUCCCUGCCGUUCAUGAGCUGGCUUCUUCCGUCAGAGGUACGGUAUCUACGGUUCGACUUUCUCUGCUGGUUUCGGAGAACGGACAGAGGGUUUUCCUGGGAGCUCUGACGGGGCAGGUGUUCCUCUGGGAGUGUUCGGCACCUCAGGAUCUAAGCAGUCCACGAGAUAUCACAGCCAAAGGACGCUGGAGCGAGAUAUCACAUCCUGAAAACACUCAGCUUCCCUCCUCGAAGGGCAAAGAGGCGUCGAUUCAUAGCGUGUUUGUGAAGAAUCAGGCCGUUGGUGACGUGUGUCUGAGCGUGUUUGUGUUCAGUACUGAAGAGCAGUUGACCAUCACGUUUCUGAAGAUUCAGUGGGAGAUGAUAAAGGAAAGCAAGCACAGUUCGGUAGGAUUUACUGUACACUGGGUUUCCAAGUCUUACCUCUUCGGUCAGCUUGUGCCUCCAUGUAGACCUGUGAAGUCCAGAGGAGCUCUGGUUCCGGCACUAUCACCAGAUGGUCAAUUACUGGCGAUAGUUCUUAACCAGAAGGACCCAAGGGUAACUCAGGUGUUGUUCGUCAGCACGCAGAACUUUGUCACAGUUUCUAGUCUGUUAGGAGGAUGUGGUCUAAAGGCGAUCAGUAUUCCAGCCAAGUAUGUGAGGUCGUACUGGGUGGGGAGUGUUAGCUGGACCACAGAAGGCCUUUAUCUUGUCUGCGUUUUAAAGAGGGGCUCUCUGCUCAUGCUGGCACGUUUGGGCGGACUGGUGUCUCUGUCCACAACUGGAUGCAACGUUGAGUUUGGUCCCGCCCACUUCCUGCCUCUUCAUCCGUUGGUCACCUACAGACCCCCAGCACCUCUUCACACACAAGAUGGCUCUCUCUCCAGCUCCAGCGCGUCACUCUGUGACCCUAUGAGACAGCGCUACUCCAUCACCUGUCACCCACGGCAACCGUUGCUCAUUGUGUCUGAUGGCUACAUGGUGACUGUGCUACGGUUGCCCAGACGGCCGUCUGCGACUGUGAUCACGAGCGCUCUCCUACUGGACGCUGCUCAAGGUCUGGAGAACAUACGCAAGGUCAUGGGGUCAUCAUCUCGGGUGGAGCCUCAGGUCAGAUCCAGGCUGGAGUCCAUGUCCACUCUGAUGUUCACAGGAAGUCUGCUGGCUUUUAAAGAGACAGAACCACCUCUCUCUACUCUACCGCUGUAUCUGCAGGAGACUGGGGAUACAGAGAGAGCUCAGGGUGAGGAAGAUGACGAUGAUUCUGACGAUGGUCUACACUCACGCAUGGAAAGUGAGGGGAAGCUGGAGUUUGCGUCAAUGUUUGACACUCUUCAUGCUCACACAGUAGACCCAAAACCAACAUCUUCAGCCGUGCAGGAGGAUCUCACCAGGGUUUACAGGAAUAUCCAGACAGUUUGGGCUCUGGCCGUGUCUCUGGGAGGCGCUGUUAAGCAGAGAGAGCGUCUUCUCAAGUACACCAUCGCCUGCGUCGUCCGACUCAUAAACCUUCUUAGGGUCAGCGCCUUUAUCAGCAGAAAAAAUAAAUUGAAUUGGGCCACAAGCACCCAUCACAUCCUCAGAACUCUCCUGUCGUUUUUGCCCUGGGACACCACACGCUGCGGAGGAAGCAGCUGUCUGCCUGUCGCAGUUGAGCUUAGCAGACGAUUUGUUGAAAUGUUCCUCCCAUCAUCUGAUUUAGCGCUUUCCUCACACAACUUCAACGCAGCUCUGCUCGUCCUGCGGGAGGUGUCUCACAGCGUGAAUCUGACCUACAUCAUCCAGUCGAGAACAUUGCAUUAUGGGAAAGAUGAUCAGGUUUUAUGUUCCUCUGACUUUUUUGCAGUCCGGCUUCUACAUGAGGACACAGAUAUUAACAGUGAGAUCACGAAACCAACUGCACAGGACAGAAGUCUGCCAUCUAAUAGAUUGGUGGUUAUUUGGCGUGACGUGUACAGGCGAGCUUUGAAAUACCAGAUGAUGCUAAACAACAGCAAAGGUGAUGAGGGCACGCAGCCUGAAUGUGAGAUGAUGUCAAUCAUUAUGCCUAAAAUUCAGAAGGUUUUGCAAACAGCUGGAGACCGUCUUGAGAAAAGCCACGCCCUGCGAAAUUUCACAGGUGAAGAGCUAUUUAUUUUAGGUGAAUACUCAGACAGUGUUCGGGUCUGGAGAGCUGAAUUGUGUGCAGAAAGAGAGAGAGCAGGUCCGUUAACGUGUUAUCUGGAGACACGCUACUGUCUGGCCCUUCUGUACGGUCACCUGUUCCAGUAUCACCUGCGGGAGGCUCAGGGUCUGUGUGACCACCUGACACGACAGCUGCAUCCAUAUACAGGACAUCCGGAAGAGAUGCCGGGGUUGGAUGAUGACCCUGUAUUUGAGGGCUGGCUCUUAGGGCCAGUGGGGCGUGAAGCCGCUCUUGCCGUGGUUCAGUCACUGGCCAGGUUUAUGGCGGCGUACUUCACCAACCGUCCUCUCUGCAUUCUGCCUCCACACAGUGUGGAAGUGCUGCCCGCCCUUCACUUACCUCACGACGCGGGCAGGCGCGUUGUGGAGUUGUCUCAGAGCCGUGUGGUGGUUGGCUUGCGUUCUCAGCAUCUGUCUGACGUGUGGACGGUGGACUACGCUCUAGAGCUCCUCCUGCUGGGCGGGCUGCUGCCAGAAGCCGCGUGGAUGGCGCAUCAUUUGGGCGACUGGAAGAUGGCAGCGACCCUCAGCCUGGCCUACAGCAGCUACUGCAUCGAGCCUUUGGACAUGAGCAGUCUUAGAUGGAGAGAGCUUCAUCUUCCUACACAACUGCAACCCGCCGUCAUCUUUCAGACUCAGCUGGAGAUGUUACUGGGACGAGCGGUCGAGUCUGAAGGAAAUGACAAUACAGCUUGUGUCGAGGAUGUGGAGCUUCUUCAGGUAUCAGUGCAAGAGAUCUUAAAGGCAUCGGUCAUGGCCGAGGUUGACGUCUUCUCUCAACCUCUCAAACGCCUGCUCGAAUCGGCCAAGGAACGAGCAACAUCACUUCCUGUUUUAUUACCUGCAGCGUUCUAUCUGCCUGCCCCCCCUCUGUACUGCCCACAACCUUCACCAGACACACAGCGAUCGGCAUGUCUGGAUCUGGAGAGAGACUCUCGCUGUCAGCUCUCCGGACUGAUACAGAAGGUUUUAUUGCUCUUGAGAUCCGCACACAGCUCUCGGCCCACGGCACAGUGGUACAUCAGGAAGCUGCAUCACUGCAGACAUCUACUACACAAGAUCCGGAAGAAGGCGCCUGAGCCUAACGUUGAAUUCAUUCCAGAAGGACUGAAAAAGUUCUCCAGUCAUCGUGGAUUCUUCCAAUCAGGGUCCAGGAAAGACAUGGACGGUGUUACCGUGCAAACCAUAAUAUGUUUCAGAGAGUUGUGUGCCCUCUGCUGGAUGCUUCAUGCGAGAGACCAGCUCACCAUCUCCUGUAGAAGAUACCAGAGUGUCAGGAACCAGCAGAAAGACGCUCAGACUAGUGAUGUUAUCGUGGCAGAUUUGUGCAUCGAGGCCUUGGGCUGGGCAUGUCGUCUUCUACCUUUCUGUCGUUUCUUGAAUGCUGAAGAAGCACUGCAAGACUUAGUCUUGAGUCUGGUGGCUGAACUACCGCCCAGUCAUGUGACGGCAGAAACUCUGGCGAGAGUGUUCCCCGAAGAGGAGGAGUCUGUUCGCGUGCCACUACGGGAGAAGUAUACCUCACUAGUGCAGAGAUUGAGACCCGUAUUGGUGUCAGACACCACAGCAGAUGUGCCAUCAGGAAGUCAUAGAGAAGAUGUUGCCGGAGAGAGCAUGAUGAUUCUGAUUCGAGAUCAGCUGCGACGGCGGCGUCGGGAGCUUCGGCGUCUGGAGAAGCACCUGGGCGCAGCUGAACAGUUCUUGUGGGAGAGAGAGGAGGAGGAGGAGAGGGGAGGUGCAGACUCCAUACUGAAGCGUCUCUCUCUCGGGCCGAGUUUGAGUGACAGCACUUUGACUGACUGCGGCCGUCCUCUAGUGUACAGUGAAGGAGACACGGCUGAGACUCUGUCUGAAACGCUUUCCCCUGAACCGCAGACCAAGACUUUGCACGGUUCAAGGACUAGACCGACGAAGGAUUCACCUGAUAGAUCAACACAUGAGAAAAAAGAAAAUAAACGCUCAAACUCAUUGGAACCCGAAGGAACAAAAUCAACUCACGUGGAACCCACAUGCCUGCCCACAGUGGGAACGUGGGAGUUUGAACUGGAAGAUAAAGAAUACACACUCUUUCUGGAGUUGUUUCUCAGUUAUGUGUUGGAGAAAGACAGUCUGGACGCCGAGGACUCUGAGCUGCCGUUAUUGAGCAGUUUCUCCAAACAGCUUCAUACGAAGGAGCUUCACUCUGUGACCUUUGACAUGCUAACAACACUCAAACGGCGUCAGAGAGACGGAUAUCAAACCGGUUGUAAUCCUGGUGCACGGUUACCUUUGUUCCGGGCCGGCCGCUGUUUCCAAACUGUCCCGGUUACCCCAGAACCUCCCGUCACCAUUGGACCGGGUUCAAUUGUCCAAAGCAAUGCCCAGAUAGCCUCAAACGCUACGCCGGCUCAGGCUCUCCCUGGUGUGGGGAAGCAGCAAGGACUUUUUGGGCAUGGCCAACCGUCUGCGCAAGCGAAUUUGAUUGGUUCAGAGGUCAGGGGCAGUCAAAGCUCUCUCCCGUUCGAGUCCUGGGCCUUUAAGAUCCUCUCACCUGCUGAAUUAGACGUUCAGGUCCAGCUGGAUUCAAUGCUGGAGAGCCGGUUUCCUCAGCUGGCCAGGCUGUUGGAAUGGAUGAUGCGCUGGGCGGACAGACGGGUUCUGCUCCCUCAGCCAAUCAGAAUAAAGUCGGAGUGCUCCAGUGAUUCUGUGGUUAUAAGAGUCAAGGCAACGACACCGGCGGUGCUGUUUGCUUUGGAGCUUUUAGAGCAGAGGUACACCGCCGCCCUGAGGGCCACAGAUGAACAUGACAUCGGUUUUAGAGUCAUGUUGUCUUUGCGAUUUAAGCAGCGUCACUCUCCUCCAGUUCACGUGAGGAAAACAUCUCCUGCUUCAGUACAGCGGUCGAUCACAGACCGGAGGAAAGACAGAGAGAGAAGUGAAGACACGGGUUACCCGGCGUCUGCUGGAACACCCGCCAUCCUGCCAGACCUGAACGCCCAACACACCUACAGCCACGAUGAGGUUGAAGAUGUUGUGGAUCAGACAGACAGUCCGCUUUCUGCGGAGGAGGAUGUAAUUUCUGAUUUACAAAAUAACAUCACAGAGAUUAGAGGAGAGAUCAGACGGUCACUUGUGGCAGAAGACGAUGAAAGCAGUAUUGCUGAUGCCACUGAGGCUACAUGGCUGUCGUCCAAUCUGGGCAGAGCUCCCAGAGAAGCCAAAGAUCAGGUGUUAACACUGGCUGAUCUGGAGAGUCUCCACACAGAAGAACUUUCAGAAGAUUUAGCGUCUGAGGGGAAUCACGUCUCCUAUGGAACGCUGGACAGGGACGCUCCCGUAGAAGCAUGCAGACAUGAGGCGUCAGAUGUCCAGCAGUCUUCACACGUGAUGCCAAAAGAGGGCAUGAGACAGACAGAAGGACAGAGCUUUAGUCACCCACCCGGUUCUGAUGCACCUCACAACAGAGCAGAGACGCAGACGGAUCCCGUCAGACAGCUGCUUCAGGACGAGUUAUUCCGAUUAGUGCAGCUUCAGCAGAUCAACUUCAUGAGUCUCAUGCAAGUGGUGGGGGCGUCCUUCUCAAACCUGCCGCUGUCUCAACACAACCCGCUUGGGUCUAAUGUGAUGCUAUCACAGACAGCUGUGACGUCUGCACCGCCUCCGUGUGACCACAGAUCUGAACCCACACACGGUCAAACCCAGAACAUCCGCUCUGUUUCAUGCGACGGCCCUGAAGGUCCUACACAAGUCUCUGGAGAAGAGAGGGUCAAUCACCAUCGGAAGCAGAACGGACAUCCAGUACAUUUAACAUCUGCUGUGAAUCACAGACACGACGCUGAACAACGAAACCUUCCCUUCAGACCUCAGGCGCUCGAGCAGCUGACCAUUCGCCCAGACUGGCCUCAGGACGGUCACACAGACGGAAGGAGUUUCAUCCCGACCUCACAAGGGCUUCUCACCACUGCGCAUAAUGCAGUCGCGCAGACACCUGCGCAGAGGACCGCUCCCAUUCCACCCAGACUCCGUCUUCUACAGCUGCAACCACCACAGCCAAGUUAUCCGAGACCUCCCUCUCCUCCGGUGAAGGAGGCCUGGGGUUUGAGUCCUCACCCCGCUUCGGUUCACAUCAACAUUCUGCCUAGUCAGUCCAGACCCUCAUCUGGGUGUAGAGCUGAGGAUACAGGCAGAACGUGGGUCCAAGCAUCAGCACCACCAUCACACCUUCAUUUUGACAGAGAGAGAACGGGAGGAAGUGCAGGAGCUCUGCGUUUCCCUCCUGCUCCUCACAGAGGCGUUCCAGGGGUUGGUCUCCCUCUGUUGCGUUUUCACCCCGACGCACAACGGACUGUGACGCUGCCUCGCAUCCCACAAUCCACCACGCCAAAACCGCCCAAUGUUUGUGUCGCGGGCACAGGUCACUACCCCAGACUUCAGCUGCUGCGUAGAGAUCCUGAUCCGCCCAGUGCUAUGCGGAUCAAGACGCCCAAGGUACGAACCCCUCGUCUCAUCCCUAUGGAGGAGCUGUUGAGAUGGGGCGCCGAGAAGCAGACGGCAAUUGCUGAUGGGAAACCACAGCUGUUGAAAACAGAAAAGAUAGUGCAGAACAGUCACACGAGCAGCCCGUCCAUCAAGAGACGGAAGAGGAGAGAGGAGAAAACUAAAUAUGAGAAGAUAAAAGUCACGUUCAGACCUGAGGAGUCCAUCAUACCUCCAGAUGAGAUUCUUCAGCCUGCAGAAGAGUUGUCAGAUCAGAAUGAUGGUUAUGUCAUUCCUUUAGGCGCGAUGGAUUCUGAACUAACUGGACAGAUGCUGUUGGAUAAGAUGUAUUCCACAUCAGCCGAGCUCCAUGCAUACGCCUCCACGCAGAAGAGACCUCCUGAAAUCCAGGACGCCUGUACCAACACUGACCCUGAACCAUCUCGGUCCAUCACCGAUAAAGCCGUGUCUGUUCAGCUGCCCUCAUCUCCCAUAAUGCCUAGCGCUUCUACAGGCAAUGGAGGUCUUGUAGGUGUCGCUCCAGUCGUUCCUCCAGAUGUGUUCUUGAAUCUGCGUUUCUCUAAAGAAAAAUCUCCAGAGGGCACCGAUUCAAACACACAUAAUACCGCUGAGGGAAGAAGGUUCAUCAAUGUGAUCGAUUUGGCGGAUGACUCUCUGCUACAGAAUCUACCCCCAUCCCAAGCCCCCAACUCUCCGCCCUCAUUUGCUCAGCUCCAUCUCUUGGCAGCCCGUGCUGUAAACCCCGCCCCAGUCCCCAUCCUUAACUCCGCCCUAAUCAACACUAAGCCAAUAUUCUCGACAGAUGAGCUUCCUGGUCCUCCUGUAAGAUCCUCGUCUCCUCCAGCUGUGGACGCUGAUGAUGUGCUCGGCGGAGAUCCCAUUACUCUGAGCGUGCUUUCGGGCGUUAAGAUCCAUUCCAGCUCUCUGGACCGGGUGUUAAUGUCCCGGACUCAGAUCUCAGAGCGGCUGACAGAGAUGGACGCCCAGCUCGCCAGACUGCAGGACAUCGCCGAUAACAUCGACAAAGAGUUUGCCAACACUAGACUGCUGGUCAACACCAUAGAAACACAAAACCCUGUCGUGAUGCCCAGAGUGGAGAGGAAACCUUAUUCCAGACAUGUGACAAGCUUACAAGAAGUGAAAAAUGACAACCCGUCAAUGAUGAAUUUGGCAGACGAGGAGAUUUUGUCUUCUACUGUUUGCAACCAAAGUUCAGCCCCGGGAGGACAUUCCCCUCCUGCAGUGAAACAAGAGCAGCGUGUUCAUGCUUGUGUAACGGAUGUUGGUGUUUAUUUACCUGCAGAUUUGACAGAAUCUUUGUUUGAGGAUCCCGAACCACGGGCGGAUGAGACUCUCGGUCUGACUGGCCUCAGCGAUGUGAAAGACAUCCUGUCAGAGUUAAUCAGGGACGGGGCCUUGUCCCGCUCAGCUUUGGGGCUUUCUCAAAGAGAAGCUCAUAAAUCAAGCAGGUCAGAGGUGAAGCAGGGAGGAGUCAUGAUGGAGGAGGAGAGGAGGGACGUGAGGAUCUGGAUGAGGAGGAAACAGAGAGAAAGACUGAUGAAGUAUCACAAAGAGAGAGAUGAGAAGAGAGAACAAGAGCACAGACCCUUCACGUCUCCUCUGACACACAAUCCAUCAUCUGUAGAUCUGGCAACAACUAAAAGAACAAAAGAAGAAAGAGACAAGGUGAUUCAACAGGAGCAUUAUGAACAGAGAGCUCGUGACGCCUGCAGUCUGAUCACAGAUCUGCUCACAACGCCUAUUAACCUCCCCACAAAACCUCAAGAGAGACUCCCAGAAAGGAGCAGCAGUCAGUCAUCGAUGAGAAACAAGAAAAGCCCUAAAGGUCAAAUGGGACCUUACAGACGCUCGGUGUCCUCUCUUGGAAAAACAGUUGUGCUUCAGAGGAAAUCUACAACAAAACCAAACGGAUCAUUGAGCAACAGAUUCGGGCUACACAGACCAGUGAGCGCUCUUCCAGGCGACCGGUUAUCACAAGUGACACGACGUGGGAUGCUGACAGACCUCAAAACCAGACAAGAAACAAAGACAAAUCAUCCAAAGCUGAAAAACGGUUUCCAACGAUCUACAGUUAAAGAUCAGACACGUGGGGAAGAUCGCAACCCCGGGGACUCCGCUGAGGUCAGCAACAUUCUGCGAUUUAAGGACAAAGAGAACAAACAGGUGAUUGUGGAGCCGAUGCAGUAUCUUCAGCUUGAAGACAUGUUACAGCAGUCACGAUCUUCUGCUCAUGUGAUCUCGUGUUCCGUUCAGGGAUUUGAGGAGUAUGAUGAAGCGUUCGCGGAUGUGGAUCCUCUGAGAGAUCUGGUGGGAUUCGACGCUCUUUCUGACAGCACCGGCAGCGUUCUCAGCAAACUGGACUGGGCCGCCAUCGAGAAAAUCGUCGCUGAAGAGGAAGAUUAAUAGUGGUGGAUAAACUGGAGAGACGUUUCGAUCAAACUUUAUUUUUUCAUUCCAGUGAAAUCUGUUGACUGGGAACGAUUUCCAUAUUUUUUUUUAUUUCUAUGGACUGUAAUUGAUGUGCUUUUAAUAAAAGAACCUUCUGCUGUUUCUGAUCUGUUCCAUGCGAUGUGGUAUGUGACAAAACAAAUUUAAAGCAACAGUAGAAUUUAACGAGGAUGCUUAAAACCUUUAAAAUAUUUUACAGUUCAUUACACGCGUUUUAACAUUUGUGAUUUAAAGAAAAUAUGUCAUUUAGUGUUUUUUUCAAUUGAUUGUAUUUUUUUGUUGAUAUUCCUUUAAUAAAAUAUGAGUCGAAC